AUGGCAUCCAAAACCUCCGAUAUAGACACCACAACAGCCGAUCACCUCGAAUCGACCGAGAAGAAGGACCCCUAUGCAGCAGACCCAGGCAUUGAGAUCAACGAGGCGACAGAUAAACGACUAUUCUGGAUGAUCACUCGUCGUAUUUUAGUUAUUCAGAUCGUGACCUAUUUCUUCCAGUCACUUGACAAGGGCAUUUUGAAUUAUGCCUCUAUCAUGGGUAUUAAGGACGAUGCACAUCUGGUCGGACAAGAGUAUUCCCUACUGGGCAUGAUUCUGUAUAUCGGCAUUCUUGUGGGCGAAUAUCCCCAGAAUCUACUGUUGCAGAAGUUUCCAGUUGCCAAGAUGCUCUCUGUCAAUGUAUUUAUUUGGGGUGCGAUCGUGGCAUGCUCGGCUGCAUCUACACGAUUUGGGUCGUUGAUGGCGGUCCGGUUUCUGUUGGGGUUCUUUGAGAGCUGUAUUCAGCCUGCGAUGAUGCUCAUAACAGCUAUGUGGUUUAAGCGAGAAGAGCAGUCGGUGUUGAACUCAAUCUGGUACUGCAUGACUGGAGUACAAUUGAUGAUCGGGGGCCUACUCGCCUUCGGCACCUCCCAGUACGUAGGGGGAGUGAUAAAGAACUGGCAAUUGCUCUUCCUCGCUCUUGGAUGUGCUACAUGCGUGUGGUCGUUUUUUAUUGGCUUCUUCCUACCGGACAGCCCCCUAUCAGCUAAGUGCUACAGCGAGGAAGACAAAAAGCUGAUGGUAGAGCGCAGAUAUCAAGUCAUCGAAACGAUUCAUGAUCCUAUCGUCUGGUGCUGCGUGAUGCUCAUUCUCGUUUCCAACUUGGCCAUCGGUGGCCUAGGCGUCUUCUCUAACCUGAUCAUCGAGCAGUUCGGCUUCUCUCUGCUUCAGACCGAGCUGCUCAAUAUAGCCCAGGGCUCAUGGACCAUUAUCGUGAUGGUCGGAUCAGCAUGGUGCUCACAGCGCUUCCAACAGACGUGUUUAACCAUGAUUCUCUGGACCAUCCCAGCCAUCGUCAGAACCAUUGUCAUCCUCGUCGUAACACCCACAGCAUCCAACGCCGGCGGCAUGCUCAUCGCCUUCUACUGCACGCAGUUCUUCCUCGCCGAGGGCAACAUGAUCAUCUCCCUGAUUACCCGCAACACAGCCGGUCAGACUAAGAAAAGUCUCACCAUGACAUUCCUUUUUGUUGGUUGGGCGGUGGGAAAUCUCAUCGCGCCGCAGAUCUUUCAGAGUUCUGACGCUCCGCGAUACUUGCACGGCUUUCUGGCGCAUAUUGUGAUUUAUGCUGUGUUUAUUGCCCUGACAGCCCUGACAAGGGUGAUCUUGAUGAGAAGGAAUAAGGCGAAGGAGGAUGAAAGCAGUGAUGUCUCGCAUGAGUUGGCGUUUCAGGAUUUGACGGAUAGGGAGAAUCCGAAUUUUCGGUAUGUUUAUUAG